AUGUCUUUGACGCAUAGGGUGACUACUACGGAGGAGUAUGAAGGGCCGUGGAGUCGCGAGGCAAGCCCGGACAGCAGGCACCGCAAAAUGUCAUUCAAUCCUCUAGAGCCUUCAGGCACGUGGACACCUGCCCCGUUUGAAGAGCCGAUAGGCGCCUUUGAGGUGCCCAAGUGGAAGAGAAUACUCCAGGUCCUGUCCGCCGUGAUAUACUGCCUCUUCGCCGCUGGUGUCGUUUUCGGUUUCGCUGCGAUAAAGCCCGUACUGCUCGAGGAGGGUGUCUACAGAAAUCAAUGCACAAGCAAGGAGCUGGAGAACGAUGUACCCGUUUGUUACGGACAAGAGCUCCGGCUCAACCUCAUGUUCACCGUAGCAGCAGUCUCCACGAACGUCGUUGCUCUGCCCGUUGGCACCAUUCUCGAUCGCUUCGGUCCUCGCGUAAGUGGCAUCCUCGGCGCCAUCUUCGUAACCAUCGGAUCGGUCCUCUUCGCCUUCGCUAGCGAUGUGCCUUUCGAUGCGUAUAUUCCAGGCUAUCUGUUUCUUGCCUUGGGUGGUCCCUUCAUUUUCAUUUCCUCAUUUCAGCUUAGCAAUACGUUCCCGCAGUACUCUGGCUUGAUUCUGGCUCUCUUGACAGGCGCCUUCGAUACUUCAAGCGCGGUCUUCUUGGCAUAUCGACUCAUAUACCAAGCGACAGAUGGGUCUUUUACACCCAAGAAAUUCUUUUUGAUAUAUCUCGUCGUACCAGUGUACAUACUUCUUGUACAAAUUUUCUUCAUGCCCUCCACGUCGUAUAAGACGGUCGGAGAACUGGCGCAGACUGUGGAGAACACCAACGACGGCGUUGAACAUGAAUCCGACGACGAAAUCGACGACGAGAGAAUGGUCCAGCAACUCCGGGACGCGCGGCGUAUACACCGCGACAGCAUUGUCAGCCAGAUCACCGAGCUGCUAGGCACAAAGGAUGCGACUGACCAAACGAAAGAGGAGGUCAAGAAAAAGAACAUCUCCGGUGUUUGGGGCGCACUCCACGGAAAAACUGCAGCGCAGCAAGUACGCACGCCCUGGUUUAUCCUGAUCACCCUCUUCACCGUCUUGCAGAUGCUGCGGAUCAACUACUUCGUCGCUACCAUCCGCUCGCAGUACACAUACCUGUUCCACAGCGCUGCGAAAGCCAAGGAAAUCAACAACUUUUUCGACAUCGCACUUCCCGUGGGCGGAGUGAUUUCGAUCCCGUUCAUCGGGCUUUUGCUCGACAACACCAGCACCACCUUCUGCAUGUCCAUGCUCGUCACCAUCGCCACGGCCAUUGGUGUUCUAGGCGUCAUCCCCGAAACAUGGGCCGCAUACGGCAAUAUCAUCCUCUUCGUCCUCUACCGCCCUCUCUACUACACUGCCGUGUCCGAUUACUCCGCCAAAGUCUUCGGCUUCGCCACGUUCGGCAAAGUAUAUGGCCUUAUCAUUUGCCUCGCCGGCAUCCUCAACUUCGCGCAAUCCGGCCUCGACGCUGCCACCCAUCUGACCUUCCACAACAACCCCAUUCCCAUCAACGUCAUGUUGCUUUCUAGCGCGCUACUAGUUGGGCUGGCGCUGGUGGGCUUCGUGGCGAGGAAGAGCCAUAAGAUUCACAGAGAGAACAUUGAGGAAGAGGCGGAGGGUGCGAGGGAGAGGCUGAUGCCUGGGGCAGAUGUCAGUGUGGCAGACUAUGGGAGUGUGAGCAACACGGAGACGGAGGAGCGAGGGAGGCGUUGA